CCUCGCUUCCGGUGUGAAUCAGUUCCAGAAACAUAAGAAAGUGUGCUAUUCAUUUAUUUUCUGUCGUCAUAUUUAGCUACGUUAUUGAUAUUAAUUUUGUCCGCGUUUAGUAAAUAGUGUUAAUUUUAUGUUCGUUCUGAUCGAUUAUUGUCGUGAUACAAUUAAAGCGUUCAGGCUGCGUGAAAAGAGUGUGUCAAACGCAUCGUCAUAGGGGGAAGGUUGGUGGCCGGCUAGUUGUGUUUCUACGGUGCCAGCUUCGAAGGAGGAUCAACAAUUCAUCCCAUCUGUGAGCUCUCGUCCAGUGGGGCGCUACCAUUUUAUAUGACUUUAGCAAGAUAUACAGGCAUCGGAGCGCGACGAAUCGCGGUUGAUAAAGCGUCGGCGACUAGACGUAGAGCCACGCGCUCGUCUCAUAAGCGGCGUCGGAACCAUUCGUUGCGUUGGAAGUACCAAAGUAAUAAACGCGCGGGAACGAGACAUCAGUACAGUGCGAGGAGAGUGGUCGGUUUGUUGCGGCGAAGGGUGCCGACAGCCGACGAGCGUGCAUGACGCUUCACACACCAAGCAAUACUGCUCGCAGAAGAUCCAAGUUCUGCAGUAACAGGCAUCGGAAGCUGUUGCCGCUGCGGCAGACGUGACUGGCGCGCUCCGCGGGUGCCCUGGGCCCGCCGCUCUAUGCCGCUCCUGUCGCGCUAACCCGCCCGCCCGCCACUGCUCGAGCACGUGACACACUGCACCCGAUCCGGUGUAAAAACAAUUACCAACCCUCUGGAAUAAUUAGUUAGGUUUAAUAAUUAAGUGAAGUAAGCGCAGCCGUCGCCAUGGGGUCCGUGAACGUGAACCGCAACGUGGCGGACGCGUUCUACCGCUACAAGAUGCCGCGCAUUUGCGCCAAAGUGGAGGGGAAGGGCAACGGCAUCAAGACCGUCAUCGUCAACAUGCCCGAGGUGGCCAAGGCGCUUGGCAGACCCGCCACCUAUCCGACCAAAUACUUCGGCUGCGAGUUGGGCGCACAGACACAGUUCGAUUACAAGAAUGAGCGCUUCAUCGUCAACGGCAGCCACGACUCCGCCAAGCUGCAGGACCUGCUGGACGGGUUCAUCCGCAAGUUCGUGCUGUGCCCGGAGUGCGACAACCCGGAGACGGAGCUGAUCGUGUCCACCAAGCGGAACACCAUCUCGCAGGGCUGCAAGGCGUGCGGCUACCACGGCGUGCUGGACUUCAACCACAAGCUCAACACCUUCAUACUCAAGAACCCGCCCGCCGCCGACCCCAGCAUGCAGGGCUCCUCGCUGACGGAGGGCAAUCGCGGCAAACGCUCCAAGCGCAGCGGGCCUGCCGCCAACGGCAAUCAUGAUGGGGAAAACCACGACGGCAAGAAUGAGAGCGAUGCCCCGGUCACUCCGACCACGCCUAACCCGAAGAGCAGCAAGAAGGAGAAGGCGAAAGCGGCCGACGACGACGACGACGAUGGCAACUGGACGGUGGACGUCAGCGAGGCUGCCGUCAGGGCGAGGAUGCAAGAUCUAACGGAGGGCGCGAAGAGCAUGACGCUGUCGGAGGACAGCGAGAAGAACGAGAAGCAGCGCAUGGACAUCUUCUACUCCUUCCUCAAGCAGCGCGCGGACGCCGGCGAGGUGGAAGGCGCCAAGGCCGUCAACGACAUCCUGCACGAGGCGGACCGGCUGGAGGUGAAGUCGCGCGCGCUGCUGGUGGCGUUCGAGGUGCUGGUGGGCGGCAGCACGCUGGCCGCCGACGUGAAGCGGCACCGCGGCCUGCUGCUGCGCCUGGCGCGCGCCGACCCCAAGGCGCCGCGCGCCGCGCUGCACGCGCUCACGGCGCUGGCCGCCACCAACGCCUCGCUGCUGCCCAAGGUCCCCGCCGCUCUGAAGUUGCUGUACGACCUGGACAUCGUGGAGGAGAAGACGAUCCUGGAGUGGGCCGCCAAGCCGUCGCGCAAGUUCGCGUCCAAGGAGGUGGUGGCGGACGUGGUGCGGCGCGCGCAGCCCUUCAUCGACUGGCUGCAGCAGGCCGACGAGGAGGACUCGGACGAGGACAGCGGCGAGGACAUCGAGAUCGAGUACGACGACCGCGCCAAAGUGACCCCCAUCAAGGCGGUGCCGGCGGCCGCACCCGCGCCCCGGCCCCAGCCCGACGACGACGCGGACAUCGACGUCGACAUCGACGCGAUCUAGACUAUCGCACGUACACGUCUCGCCCCCCGCCCCUCCGCGUACACCCCGCACUCCGUAACCGUAGUGUCACUAUACGUCAUAGAUGUCGUCAGUGUUUUAUAAAAGAGGCUAGCUGUCGUCCGCGUUUAAUAUGGUUUUUUACAAAUCCCGUGGGAACCUUUUCCCUGGGAUAAAAAGUAGCCUAUGUUACUCUCCGUCCUUUCCACUUACUGUAUGCCACAACCACAUUUAUUGGUUGCUUAGAGUUUGAAGCAUGGGCAAACAAACACUUUCGCAUUUAUAAUUUUAGUAAGGAUUACCAUUUAUCAUUCUCAGAAAAUUAACUUUGAUGAGCCCAUUUGAGUGGAAACACUUUAAUUGAUCAAAUUUAAAUUCAACUUCAAAUUCAAAUCUUUAUUUGUGUGAUUGCAGGUUAACAAAUAUGGCAUGCAAGUUAUUAUAAAACAAUAAAAAUAAAUGUACUUUAUCUGCUUACGUUUAUGCCACCUUUCGCAUGGUUUUAUAUCAAUGUUUAUUUUUGAUGGGACAGUCAGUGUCAGACCGGCUAUUGGCAUAUGGCGUCGCACCGUGGGCGUAAAAUCGAGCCUCCCUUUCAUGGCUUUUUCAAAUAAAGUAUUUAAAAAAAACCAUCAUACAUUUUUUAUUUUAACAUAUUUAUUUUCAAUAA